GGAUUUUUAAAACAAGAAAUGCUUUGUCCAGUCGAUUCUACUGGCCAGGAAUCUCUACUGACAUUGAGAAAUGGGUCAGUGAAUGUGAUCAGUGCCAAAGGGUUGGUAAACCACUUGUGAUUGAUGCUAAACUGGAAAGUAUUAAGGUAAAUGAGCUUUUUGGUUUACGUGAGUUACUGAAGAAUUUAAAAAAGAAAAAUCAUUAAUCAGGGUAUAUAAACAUUUUACUCUCUGGCAAAUUGAAAAACAUAUAACCCCAAGUCCUUCUAAAUCACCACAAACAGGAGUUUAUACUGUACUGUACAUCCAAUUCUGUUUUUGUUAGGUUUCAUCAGUCUGUGAAUUGCUUGGUAUUGACCUCACAGGACCACUUCUGAAGACAUCUGAUGGCCAUAUUUACAUUUUGACAGCCACAGGUUAUUUCUCCACAUGGGUGAAAGCAUUCCCAUUAAAAACUAAAACUGCUCAGGAAGUAGCUAGAAACCUUGUUUCUAUCAUUUACAGGCACAGUUGCCCAGUCAGAAUUCUCUCUGACCAAGGAAGAGAGUUUGUUAAUGAGUCUUUGACAACAAAUAUAUACAUUAAUUCUUUUGGUAUAUGAGGCCAAUAUCCAACUUUUGCUCUCCAAACAAAAGCUCUGCCCCUCUCUUAAUCAGGGCUGUGCAGUAAUUUAUGUUUAAUCAUUCAUUUCUUCAGUCCUACUAUGUAUACUGUAAAAUCAAUUGUGAUGAAUGUUGUGAUAUGAAUUAAUUCUGUAUUGCGCAGCCCUACUGGAAAUGCUAUUUCAACAUUGUGUUGCAGUUCUUAAUUCUGGACUAUUGGCUGGCUGUUUAAUAAUAUAACAUAUUUAUUAAUUCAUUUUAGAUUAACAGCUCUCUUUGUGACCUGCUGUCCAUAAAACGGAGUGUGACAGCUGCUUAUCAUCCACAGACAAACGGUCUGGAUGAAAAAACAAAUGACAAUAUAAAGAGUUCUGUUUUAAGGGCCCUCAGAAAGCUUGUCAAUACCCAUCAAAAUGAUUGGAAUGUCUUCUUGGAUGCAACUUUGUUCUCCCUGAGAUCAAAGAUUCAUACAUCAACAAAGUACAGUCCGUUCAUGUUAAAAGUAGACUUCUCUGGACCAUACACUAUUCACAACAUAUCAGGGAAGAAAGUGUCACUGACAAACCAGGAUGGUCAUUUACUGAAAACUACAUACAACAUAAAUAACCUAAAACCAUACAAGAGAAGCCACUUAAAGGAAGACAUCACAGAAACAUCACAACUGACAGCAGAAAUUCUUCCUGUCAGUGGAUCGCCUUUUGAAGCCAGAGACCAAAUGUCAGAUGUGCCUUCUAGACCAUCAGUUAUCAAGUGGAUUCAAUCUAAAGUAAGCCAGAGGAAGACAGAAGAAGUUGAAAGGGAAAGAGAUACAAGCAGAAAAGAAAAAGAAGGCCAGGAAAAGAGAACAGAGGAAGAUGGAAGGAAAGGAGAUGGAAGCAGAAAAGAAGGUCAGGAAAAGGGAACAGAGGAGGUCGGAAGGAAAGGAGAUGCAAGCAGAAAAGAAGAAGGUCAGGAAAAGAGAACAGAGGAAGUUGGAAGGAAAGGAGAUGGAAGCAGAAAAGAAGAAGAAGUUCAGGAAAAGAAAAGAGGAAGUUGGAAGGGAAAGAAAUGAAAGAAAGAGUAUGUUAUUCAGCAUUAUAUAAUGUAAUGUUAAAAUAUGCUCAUAAGAACAGUCGAUUUUUUGUUAUGUUACAGACUAGAUUUCGGUGCAAAUAUUACUUGGAAUACUUUUAAAACUUAAACCAGUAUUUAGUGCAAGAUGUUGAUUUUGGGGUUUUACUAUGCAAGUCUUUUUUCCCCAAGUCUUACAGAUUUGGUCAGAAGAGGCAGUUAUCAGGGUUGAAGCUGUGGUGGGACCAUACAAACUAUAUGAUUCAUCGUUAAAGACACUUAAAGGGAUGAAUUGGCUUUCAGAUGAGGUGAUUGACAGUUACCUUCACAUCCUUGCAGAAGAACAGAAGGACCACAUAUUUGUGCUGUCUUCGGUUGUGUCAACAUCUCUGUUUAAUGGACAGUUUAGAUGUGUGAGGAAGAUGAUCAUCCCAAACAGGGAUUUGUGGCUGUGUCCAUACAACACAGGAGGGCAUUGGAUUCUUGUGAUUGUGAAAAUGUCAGGAAAGGCCCUACUUGUUAUUGACCCCUUAAGCAAUGAGCAGAGAUACAGCAGGAGAAUCUUGAGAAACUGGAGGAAUUUCUUAAGGAUGAGAGAGCACCAAUCAAGCAGCGCAUCAUGGACAGUAGAAACACUGGGGCAUGAGCUGCAGGUGAAUGGGAGUAGCUGUGGAGUCCUUAUUUUAAAAUUUGUGGAAGAAUACCUUCAGUCUGGAUCGAUCUUUGAUGUGAAGACCGAUCCUGCAUCUGUGCAGGCUGCCAGACUACACAUUGCCUGCAAACUCAUUGAAAAUGGUGGCAGUGUUGAAGACUACUGCAUAGAAUGCAACAUGAUCAACCCUGACACAGACAGUGACAAUGUCAGCAUGGUGCAGUGCGAUAUUUGUCUCCGAUGGGCACAUCAUGACUGUCUGAAAUCUGUUCCUGCAAAUGGAAACUUACAUUUGCUUGAAGUGCAAAGAAUAAAGAAAAAAAGGAAGAAAUUAAGUGAUAAUGUGUUUGUGUGUACAUGUAUUGGGUGCCUAUUAUAAGCUACUCUCCUU